CUACCACCCUCUUUUGACAGUGAGGAGGGGGGAAAAAGGAAGGAGGGAGGACUGUAUCACAACACCACCAACCCGUUGCGUCCGAAAUUAAAACAUUAGUUAAUAAUACUCUACUCCACAGAAGAGAAGACUCUCCUCCUCAAUUUACUUCCUAGCAAGUCUUUCUUUUUCUCUUUGUUGAAUAAUAUGAUUCUGAUUUCUCAUUCGUGUUCACAUCUUCAUCCACAGACGUAGCCUUGAAAUUCUUCAAAUUCCUUUCUCUUCUUCUUCAAUUUCAAACAUCAUCAUGUCUGAUGCUGUAAUUAACGGAUUAGCUGGUGCUGGUGGUGGAAUCAUUGCUCAACUUAUCACUUACCCCCUCCAAACUGUUAAUACUCGUCAACAGACAGACCGUGAUCAUAAGAAAGGCACAAAGAGGAAACAAGAUGUAGGAACCCUAAAGCAGAUGAUUCAGGUUGUUAACACUGAAGGUUGGGGUCGUUUAUACAGUGGUCUUGCUCCUUCAUUGUUUGGUACUGCUGCUUCUCAGGGUGUGUAUUAUUAUUUCUAUCAAGUCUUUAGGAGUAAAGCUGAGGCUGCUGCAAUUGCUAGAUUUAAGAAAGGGCAUGGUGAUGGUACAGUUGGGAUAUUCUCAUCUCUCUUAGUGGCUGCAUUCUCGGGGUGUGUGAACGUGCUGUUGACCAAUCCUAUAUGGGUAGUUGUUACCCGUAUGCAGACACACAGAAAAGCUUCAAAACUUCCAAAACCUAGUCUAACUCUUUCAGUUACACCAGAUGAAGAACUUCAAACUUCUGAAAUCGAACCUCCUCCAUAUGGAACUACUAACGCGGUGCAAGAAUUAUUUGAUGAAGCUGGAGUUCGUGGGUUCUGGAAAGGUGUAGGCCCGACACUUUUGAUGGUUAGCAAUCCUUCCAUACAGUUCAUGAUCUAUGAGACCCUAUUAAAGAAACUUAAGGCAAGACGUGCCCUCAUAGGGAAAGCAAACAGUGGUGUAACUGCUUUAGAGACUUUUCUUCUUGGUGCUGCGGCAAAACUAGGAGCUACUGUGAUGACUUACCCUCUUCUGGUUGUGAAGUCUAGACUUCAGGCAAAACAAGUGACUGGUGGAGAUAAAAAUCUUCAUUACAAAGGUACUCUGGAUGCAAUCAUGAAGAUGAUCCAGUACGAAGGGUUAUAUUGCUUCUACAGAGGGAUGAGCACAAAAAUCACGCAGAGUGUGCUUGCUGCGGCUGUCCUUUUUAUGGUCAAGGAAGAACUUGUGAAAGGCGUUCGCUUGCUGACCACAGGAAACAUAGUUAACAAAGUGAGAAGGCCUGUAUGAUUUUUUUUUAACGAAGGUCUCUCUCUGUUGUCCAGUCCCUUUUCCCCUUUAUAAAACUCGUCUUUCUUGGGUCUAUUUAAGUAAUAAAUAAGCCAUCGCUUGGCCAAAAUGUGAAAUGUUUAAAAUCAUCUGGGUAAAGGGGAGUCGUAGUUAAAUUUGUAAGUACUUAACGGAUCAUAGAAAUUUCUGGUUAUAAUUUAAACACACUUGUAUUUCAUAAGAAAUUCAACACUUCAAUUUUACAACCUGUUUUUU